UGUGGGGAUGGUUCAAGCCGUUUGAUCGUGUUGCCCCAGCCGCCUGUCCACUAGCGCCACCCGAGCACCAUGCAGCUGCUGUCAGCGAGGCACCCCGGGGCGCUCUGCGCCGCUCUGCUUCUCCUGGUAGCCGCCAGCGCCGUCUCCGCCGAGUCGGUGAGAGAAACUGAGACCAUGGACCCAGAGAGGUAUGGAGAGGACUAUUUCUCUUUUGGAGCCUUGCCAGAUGAUGAAGAUAUCAGUGACCUCAGGCCUGACUUGACCGAAGAGAGUGACUGGUUUUCUGGUUCUGGAGAUGAUGAUGGUGAUGCUGAAGAUGACAUGACUUCAACCACUGAAGAGAGUCCUAUGCUCUCGAGUGACAACUAUAUCCCUGAAGAUACUGGUAAGGGGACAAAGGAUGUGGAUGAAAACCUGGUGGUAGAGAAUGAACUAACUCCACGUAAAGUCUUGCCCCCUGAGGAACUGAACCCGUCCAACAAGAUUUCCAUGGCCAGCACAGCCAACAGCAGCCUCUUUGAGAGAACAGAAGUUCUUGCAGCUCUUAUUGCAGGUGGGGCAGUGGGGCUGCUGUUUGCUGUCUUCCUGAUCCUCCUGUUGGUUUAUCGCAUGAAGAAAAAGGAUGAGGGGAGUUAUGAUCUUGGCAAAAAACCAAUCUACAAGAAAGCCCCUACAAACGAAUUCUACGCUUAAAGCCACCAGCACCUUGUGCCCCUCUGGGGAGAAAAACUGACUGUUAAAGCAUUUGGACCUCAGCUGAGAUGCUCCAAAUCAAUGCUUUCUUGGAUCUAAUUUCAAAGUGAUUUUUAAAAAAAUAUUUCUGUGCGACCCUUCCAUCCUGCUAAACUAACAAGGGCACAACAAAAUGCAAAGCGUCGGGGGGGAGAGAAACCUUGUCAUGGCUAUAUUGGGGGGGCAAGGGGAGGAGAGCAAAAGAUUGCCAAAUUCCGUAUUUUUGGUUGAGUGGAGGGUGUAUAUAAUGCAGCUUAUAUGGAAGCCAAUUGUGUGUGUUUGCAUCUGGUGUGCAUCUCUCCAAUUUGCCUUGUUUUGUAGAAGGUUUUUUAUUCUAUUUCCCCUGUAGUAUUUGGCCUGCUGCAGGACCACCACAUGUAAAGCAUUUUAUAGAGAAUAUCUAUGAAUCUCUUACACUACACUGUACUAUUGCCUUAUCUGGGAGCAGCUGUGCCCUUGGGAGAAAUAACUUUGUGGCCUAAAUGGCUCUUAGGGAGAAGUUUCCUCUUCCUUUUUGGCCCUUGGUAGGGUCACAAUCCGCAAAAAUCAGGAAAGCCUCUUGGCUUGCUUGACUCUCUGAGACUAACCUUUCCCUGUACCAAGUCUCUUACAGGUGGAGAAAUAUUACCUUUUAAUGUAGGAUUUUAUAAAAAAAUUUUAGUAGGAAAAAUAGCCUAAUGUUUUGUUUUGUAGAAACGGUUCUGAAAUUUAAAAAAAAUCUAGUUUAAAAAAAAAAAAUU